UAGACCAGUUAGUCUACAGUCCGAUACGCAACCAACAGCUCAGAUUUUUAUGCGUAAAAUUCUGUUUAAGGCGACGUAUUCAAAGUUGAAGAUAUUCAAAACUUACAGAAUGUGAGGUUUAAUUGAGAAAAGACUUCAAUUUGAUUUUGGUUUAAACAUAUUUUUAUUACAGACAAUCAUUCUUUGGAUUUAAAAUGUGAGUAGAACACAUCUUAUAACAAACUGUUGUGUCCAGGUGAAAGAUAAAGCGACGAUUCAGGAUGUUCUGAUGAAAUAUUUUGUGAAUGUUUUGUUGGAAAAUGAAAAAUUUGGAAACAAACAUAAAACAAAAAACAAAACCGAACAAAUUCUUCAGAUCUUCAGGAUGUUUUGUCCGAAAAAUUAUCCACAUUGACAAACAGACACUCCGAAAGGUCAAAUCACCUACGAGUCUGGAGACCUUUGCACUAGGUGUGUGUGAUUACUAGGAAAUAUUUUGACAGAUAACGGUGAAUUAACCUCACAAAACAUGACAGCAGAGAAAUGUAAAACUUUUUUAAUGAUACAGUGAUAUCAGCUUGGUAAUACCAACCAAUCUUGUCAAACGUGACAAGUGUUUUGGAUUGGUAAUAACACUAGGGUUCUGCAAACAUCGGCCGGAUACCAACGAUUAUAUGUUGAUCUCAAAUCAUCCAUAACAACAUAGAUCCAAUAUCUUUCCCGCCGAGUCUCUACUGACUCAAUACCGUCUUGAGAAACAAUCGCGGAAUUUAUUUACUUGAUACAAAAACCAUAAAUUGUUGGGACAAUUUUAUAUAUUCCGUACUUUAGCGAAAUACAUUAUAUGGUGUGUUGUUCGUCAAAGGUCCUUGUAGGUCGUCGGAUUAAUCUACUAGAAGUGCGAAGGAAUACUACCAUCAAUUCAUCCCAGGGAGACAAUGUUGUUUAUGUCCUGAUGAUUAAUGUUACAGCUGGAGAAGUCAUACAAGAUAUUUGAAAUCUGUGAACUGCUAUAUCGAAUUAAUAAUAACUGAUGUUACAGAGGCUUUGCCAGAACACAACAUAUCCUAUUUGAAAGGCGGGUCUUAGCCAUGGAAAUGAAAAAUAUUCAGACAAACCAGGGAUUUCUCCAAUAUACUGUUUUCAGUGUUGUUCUUGUGUUUUUGUGUUUAAAUGAUGCGCUUGGUGUUCCGUGCAAUCCAAAAUGUACAACUUGUGACACAGACUUUGCAGGGCAUGUUAUCAAGGUCGUGUGUACUGGAGUGGACAUUCCCACAAUUCCAGAUUCCGUACAAGAAAUGUACCUGUCGGAAGGAACUGUGAGCUUACCAGGAAUUUUCAAGGAUUACGUGUUUAUCGGUAAGACAGACUUACGCGUAAUUCACCUGAAAAAAUAUAACAUUACCAUGGUAUGGGAGUCGCCCUUUAUAAAUCUGACAAAUCUCGUGGAAGUUGACCUUAGCUUCAAUAAUAUCCCGAAUUUCGACAAAACCAAUCUGGCGGGACCAGUAGCUUUACGCGUAUUAAACCUGAACCACAACAAUAUACAACAGAUCCCUAAUGACGCGUUCAGUAAUCAAACAUCUCUGACGGAACUCCAUAUGUCUAUGAACAAGGUGACUCUAAUCCCAAGUAACGCUUUCCGCGGCCUUCGGAGUCUGGAACACAUUGACCUAUCAUACAACAAGCUGACCACUAUCAGCGGUACCGUGUUCCAGAACUGUCCCGCUUUAACGACGGUGAUACUCCGGGGAAACCGACUGGACACUGUAGCCCCGUACUUGUUCCAAGGCCUACAUCACCUACAUACUCUGAACCUUCAGCGGAACUUUCUGGUCUCAAUCGGACAGGACGCCCUUGUCGGGACAAACCUCACAUUUCUUGAUCUGUCCCGCAACAGACUGCAUGACGUAAGAUCGACCAUGGCGGUUUUGAAAAAUAUUUCUGGUGAAAAUGUUGAAGUGUUUUUAACUGCUAAUCGUUUAAACAUGAACUAUGGACCGGGGAUAUUUUCGGGUGUUACUCUCAAACUGCUGGACCUACAGUAUAACGGUAUAUCUAUGUUUCCACAGGACGCAUUCACAACCAACCACAUUGGUAACUUAAAGCUCGGACACAACAACUUGACGUCCCUACCAUCAAACAUGGAGGCCUAUUUGACGUCUGUUAAACCGAAUGUAACUCUUGAUCACAACCCCUGGCAGUGUGACUGUGGACUUCUGUGGUUUUCGAGGUUCCUGCACCAGUUAUCUCCCCCUGAUCUGGGGACGAGACUCCAAAGUAAUCUACCAUGUACAGGGCCUGCCUUAUUAAAAAAUAAAUUGAUUCAAGACAUAGCUACAAUUAUAGAACCAGGAUGUAAGGCAAAUAUGUCCACACCAACAACAAGCCAACACGCAGCCCAUGUGGCAACUGUCACCAGUACGAAGGCUACGCCGGCAGCAAGUCGACCAGUUCUGUUACCAACAUCAACUGAUCUCAUUCAACCUGGAGUAAACGGAGCACCCAAUAGUUCUGUGAUGGGUACAACUAGAAAACUAAGUACACUAUUAACAGUGGGAAUCAGUGCCACACAAUCUACAUCUGUAACAAGAGGCACAACACCUGCUGUGGUGGCACCGGCUGUAGGUGGCAACAAACCUACAAUGGUGGCACCAGCUGUAGGUGGCAGCAAACCUACAGCAGUGGUACCGACUAUAAGUGGCGGAAUGACUGCACCAGUUGCAGGUGGCAUCACGCCUGUAGGAGUGGCACCUUCUCCAGGUGGCAACAAACCUACAAUGGUGGCACCAGCGGUAGGUGGCAACAAACCUACAAUGGUAGCACCAGCGGUAGGUGGCAUCACGCCUGUAGGAGUGGCACCUUCUCCAGGUGGCAACAAACCUCCUGGGAUGCCACCGGCUAUAGGUGGCAGCAGCCCUGCAGGUGUGACACUGACUGCAGGUGGCAUCAAAUCUACAGCCACAACACCAGCUUCGGGUGGCAACUCCCCCACUGGGGUGGCAAAGGUGACAAACAGUACCGUAUCAGCGUUACUGUCACAGGUGACAGAUGGCACCACAACUUCUGGACAAAUACUGAACACUGGACAGAGUCAAGGUCAAACCAAAACUACAUCAGAGGGUUCAAACGAUUCAUUCCCUAUUGGUGCCGUUGUGGGACCUCUGGCAGCACUGUGUCUGAUAGGUGGUGCUGUGGGGUGGUUCCUGUACAGGAAAAAAUCCCAGGGAAACCAGGGUAGAAUAAACAGCCAAGAUCUUCACGAGCCCGAGGAAACCGAUUACCUGUGGGAUAGACCGUUCCCUGUGCCAAGGUCUCUUGGUCCAUCGAAAACUCACUUCAAUAUUAACUCUUUAAAAAACUUUGAUUCGUAUCAGUCUUAUUAGAUAUAUCAUUAUAAAUCUAACUAGUUUUUCAAUAAGCUCCAAAUAUUUUCGUUUUCAGACUUGGGGGGGGGGGGAUAACAGAAAAGGAUUUCUCAUCAGCAAAUCUUUUUUUCGAUUAAAAAAAAGUGAUAAUAUAUUUCUAAAAGGAAUUCUGUAAAAAAAAAAAAUGUGUGAUGGAAUUCUGAUAAAAAAUACCGGAAUAUUGUUCCUAGACUGUUUAUUAUAUUGAGAUCAAGAUCAUCACAGCGCUUAACUUUAAUACGUUUUACAAGGAAGCGUCUGAGUGACUAUAUCAGUAUGACAAAUGUUUAUUGGAGUAUAUAUAGCGAUGAUAUUCAGUUUCUGUUGUAAAAAAGGGUAAAUAAAUAUAUCCAUCAUAUACAAAUAAUAAAAUAAAGACUAAAUUAAAACUGUG